ACAGACGUGUAGGGUUUACGUAUCCAUACGGAAUUAUUUCCUUGUAGUACAUACACGGAAAUAUUUUAAUGUAACACAAAUACACAAUUUUUGAUGAGCAUGGCUACUACAGGUCAUUUAAAUAGGUUGAGUUGUUUAUUUACACGGUUUUCAACUGUUACUCAACUGAAACACUGCACAGGCGUUGUGCCUGUCCUUCACAAGUCAACUAUCCGUGGACCUUCCAUUGAUGAUGAUUGUAAGGUGGAAAUUGGUGUGACAUCUGAUGGGAAGACCAUAGUGUGCUACCAUCCCUCUGAGGAUGUUCCUUAUGAACUUACCCAGCCCAUUCUACGGCCAGACCCCCUGACCAAUCCGGCAGAGACACAUGACCAGGUGCUGAAAGCCCACCUCGGAAGGGAGGUGCUGCAGAACAAACAGGCCCCCACCAUCGAGGAGCUCAGCAAAAUGUUUCACACCACCAAGCACCGCUGGUACCCUGUGGGACAGUACCAUACGCGACGCAGAAAGAGAGAUCCCCCAAAAGACAGAUAGUUGUUAAGGAGCUUCUUACCUUCAGAAUCAUUGAUACCGUACAGAAUUAUUAGCUUGGCUCACCCCCCAAAUCCCAAACAGUUUUUUUUGUGCAAUUAUUUGUGCUGUAAAAUAAAAUUAACAAAUCUGUAGUUGCGCACUUAUGUUUUGAAGCAGAUUACCAAAACUGUCAGUGAAAUAUAUAUUUUCCCUAUUUGCUGAAUACCUUUUAUUUCAUGAAAUUCUGGGACAUGGUUAAGGUAUCUGCAUGUUAUUGUGGAGGAAGAAGGAGAACACUGCAAUGGGGACCAGCGUAGCGGGAGAAAGAGAAAGCUGCAACUGAGACUGAAACAUUGGGUCCUACUGUGCAGAACAACUGUCCAUUUUUACGAUAAUUUCAAUUCACUCCAUGUCUUUCACGUUUUUGGGAUUCAAAGAAAUUUCAAUAAAGAGUACGUUCAUA